AUGUCUACAGUAAAACUUAGUUCAAUCAAUCAACGCCUUACAAGGUUGUUAGAGGAACGCGAAAAAGAAUUGUCAAUAAUUGAGCAAAUUCGAUUCUUAAUAAAUAUGAAAAAAUCAACAUUAGUAACAUUAGUAGGAGAGCAAGAUCGUAAUAUUUUCAUUUCAAAAAUAAUUAAAAGGUUUUAUGAAAAAAAUCCUGACACAUAUUGUGGUGAUGGAGAUUGGCUCCUGAAAUUGUUGAUCAAAAAAAAUAUUCAGAACCAUAAGGACUACAUCAAGAAAAAGAUCAAAAAAAAAAUGAUUAUUAACCGUGGUAAUAAUCAUGAUAAUAAUAUUAUUAUCAGUAGUAGUAAUCAUAAUGAUGAUGAAAACAAUCCUAACAAUAAUAGAAAUCAAAAAGUCCUGGUCCAUGUAACAACUACCACCAUCAAUAAUAAUAAAAAUCAUGGCUGCGUAACCACCAUCAAUAAUAGUAAUAAUAUCUAUUCCCAUGUAACCACCAGGAAUAAUAAUAAUAUUGUCAGCAAUAGUGAAAAUUAUAAUAAUGAUGAUGAUUAUGAAAGUUUCACUGAAAGUUCCAUCUCCACUAAUGUAUCUAGUGAUGAAGGUUUCACUAAAAGUCACAUAUCCACCAAUGGUAAUAAUAAAAAACAAGCUAUUCAUACAACCACCAUCAAUAACAAUACUACUGACAGCAGUGACAAUGAUACUGAUACUGAUGAAUGUUCCACCAAGAGUCCUGUCCAUGCUCUGGCGUCAAGUAGAAAGUUGCUAAAGCCGCCACCACCACCAUCAUAUCCACGUCUUCUUCUAGAGGGGGUUACAACAGAUAUCAGUCCAUCAGAUCCACCUGUAGAAAAUUCAAAAACUGAAUCAUUUUCAUCUGAUAGAUACAGUUGGCCAAUUUUAUUUACUUUAAUACCUCCAAUAUGUGCUCUUAUUUCCGGAGAACCAAAUAUUUGGAUUCCUUGGGAACUUUAUUAUGCAGCUAGAACAAGACAUGUAAUCAAUGAGAAUAUCAUUCAAGAACAAACUUUCGAUGCUACUCAACAAGCCAUCAGAAAUCAGGCUGCCGAAAAAUUACGUCGUCAAGAAUUAUGUGCUUUAAUUUUUAUUAUGUUAACACCAAUCAUUGGAGGCUAUAUAUUGUAUGGAGCAAAUGUUUAUUUGACCAAUUAUAAUAAUUACAUCUCUCAUUUCAACAUAACUCUAUUUGUAUUUACUACCGCAAUCAGACCUUUGAUGCACAUAGCCAAACUAGCGAAAAAUAAAACAUUGCAUCUUCAAGAGCAAAUUCAUUAUCCUAAUGUAGAAGUAGAAUUGUUGAAAAGACAUGUAAAACACCUCGAAUACAAAUUGUCUCAGAUACGUAAAAUAUUAGCAACAAAACAUGAUAUAAUAAUUGUUAAAGAUGAAUUUGAGCCCACGAUUUCUCAAUUAGACAAGGCUGUUAAAUGUUACAAGGAAAAGGAGCAAUAUUUACGUACCUAUUCUGAAGAAAAAUUUGCUUAUUUGGAAUCAAAAUUGACUGAAUAUGAUAAUUUCAUUAAUAAUAAAUUACAAUCAGAAAAACAACGGUCGAUGCUGGCUUUAGCAUACCGCAUGAUUUGUCUAAUAUUUAUACCAUUAAACAUCAUCUUCGCUAUACUUGGUUAUGCAAAAUAUCUCUUACCAAGAUUUUUAAGAAAUGGUCGUCAAAAACCAAUGUUACAACCAGCAAUCAUCUCAUCAGAUAAUAAGAAGUCAACCGAUGAACAAGAUAGUUCGAUUUCAGGAGAAAGUUUAUAA